AUGGAGAAGCAGAAGCCCUUCACGUUGUUCGUGCCCCCGAGACUGAGCAGCAGUCAAGUGUCGGCCGUGAAACCUCAGACGGCGGCGGGAGGAGACUCCAGCUACUUCAAGACUGUCAACAAAUGUGCGGAAGGUGAUUUUGGGGUUCCAUUUACAGUGUCCAGUCUCUCAAAAAGUCGGGAAAACAUUGAUACAGAUCCUGCUUUACAAAAACUUAGUAUUUUGCCAGUGCUUGAACAGGUUGCUAAUUCUGGCAGUUGCCACUAUCAGGAAGGACUAAGUGACUCCGAUUUUGAGAACUCAGAGCCAAUGAGCAGACUGUAUUCAAAACUGUAUAAGGAGGCUGAAAAGAUCAAAAAGUGGAAAGUGAACAUAGAAUCUGAACUGAAGCAGAAGGAAAAUAAGUUGCAAGAAAACAGAAAGAUAAUUGAAGCCCAGCGAAAAGCCAUUCAGGAACUGCAGUUUGAAAAUGAGAAAGUAAGCUUGAAAUUAGAAGAAGAAAUUCAAGAAAACAAAGAUUUAAUAAAGGAGAAUAAUGCUACAAGACAUUUGUGUAAUCUGCUUAAGGAAACCUGUGCUAGAUCUGCAGAAAAGACAAAUAAAUAUGAAUAUGAACGAGAAGAAACCAGACAAGUUUAUGUGGAUUUAAAUAAUAACAUUGAGAAAAUGAUACUAGCUUUUGAGGACCUUCGUGUGCAAGCUGAGAAUGCCAGACUGGAAAUGCAUUUUAAGUUAAAGGAAGAUAAUGAAAAAAUCCAACACCUUGAAGAAGAAUAUAAGAAGGAAGUAAACGACAAGGAAAAUCAGGUAUCACUACUAUUGGUCCAAAGUACUGAGAAAGAAAAUAAAAUGAAAGAUUUAAUAUUCCUGCUAGAGGAAUCCAAAGAUAAAGUUAAUCGAUUAGAGGAAAAAACAAAAUUACAAGAUGAAAACUUGAAAGAAUUAAAUGAAAAGAAGGAUCAUUUAAUAUCAGAACUUGAAGAUAUUAAAAUAUCAUUGCAAAGAAGUAUGAACACUCAGAAGGCUUUAGAAGAAGAUUUGCAGAUAGCAACAAAAACAAUUUCUCAACUCACUGAAGAAAAAGAAGCUCAAAUGGAAGAAUUUAACAAGGCUAAAACUGAUCACUCAUUUGUGGUUACUGAACUUAAAUCUACUACAUGUACCUUGGAGGAAUUUUUGAGAAUAGAACAGCAAAGAUUGGAACAAAAUGAAGAUCAACUGAAACUACUUAGCAUGGAGCUCCAGAAGAAAUCAAGUGAACUAGAUGAGAUGAAUAAAUUUAAAAACAACAAAGAAGUGGAACUUAAAGAAUUGAAAAAAAUACUGGCAGAAGACCAAAAACUUUUAGAUGAAAAGAAACAAGUUGAGAAGCUUGCUGAAGAAUUACAAAGGAAAGAACAAGAACUAACUCUCCUUUUGCAAACCAGAGAGAAAGAGGUCCAUGAUUUAGAAGUACAGUUAACUGUUACUAAAACAAGUGAUCAGCAUUAUUCAAAACAGGUUGAAGAACUGAAAACUGAGCUUGAAGAAGAGAAACUUAAGAAUGCUGAAUUAACUGCAAGCUGUGGCAAGCUUUCCCUUGAUAAAAAAAAAUUGGCACAAAAAGCAAGUGAUAUGGCCCUAGAACUCAAGAAACAUCAAGAAGAUAUUGCUAAUAGCAAAAAGGAAGAAGAAAGGAUGUUGAAGCAAAUAGAAAAUUUGGAAGAAAAAAAAAUGCAUUUAAGGGAUGAAUUGGAAUCAGUAAGAAAAGAGUUUAUACAGCAAGGAGAGGAAGUUAAAUGUAAAUUGGACAAGAGUGAAGAGAAUGCUCGAAGCAUUGAAUGCGAAGUUUUAAAGAAAGAAAAGCAAAUGAAGAUACUAGAAAAUAAGUGUAAUAAUUUAAGGAAACAAGCUGAAAAUAAAAGCAAGUGUAUUGAAGAGCUUCAGCAGGAGAAUAAGGCCUUGAAAAAAAAGAGUUCAGCAGAAAACAAACAACUGAAUGCAUAUGAAAUAAAGGUCAACAAAUUAGAGUUGGAACUAGAAAGUGGCAAACAAAAAUUUCAAGAAAUGACUAACAACUAUCAGAAAGAAAUUGAGGUCAAAAAGAUAGCUGAAGAAAAGCUUUUGGGAGAGGUUGAGAAAGCCAAAGCAACAGUUGAUGAAGCAGUGAAGUUACAGAAAGAAAUUGAUUUACGAUGUCAACAUAAAAUAGCUGAAAUGGUAGCACUUAUGGAAAAACAUAAGCACCAGUAUGAUAAGAUUGUUGAAGAAAGAGACGCAGAAUUAGGACUUUAUAAAAGCAGAGAACAAGAACAGUCAUCGGUGAAGACUGCCUUGGAGACUGAACUAUCUAAUAUCAGAAACGAACUUGUGUCCCUUAAGAAGCAACUUGAAAUAGAAAGAGAAGAAAAAGAAAAACUAAAACUGGCAAAAGAAAACAGAGCUAUUCUCAAAGACAAGAAAGUACAGGCAUCUUUACUGGAAUCACCUGAAGCCACUUGUCGGAAAUUUCAUUCUAAAACAACUCCUUUACAAAGUGUAUCUCGGAUUUCCUCAUCAAUGGAUAGUGGCAAAUCCAAAGAUAAUAGAGAUUGUCUGCAGACAUCUGCUAAAAACAUUUUAUCUGCAACAGUUGUUAAGGAAUAUACAGUGAAGACACCAACUAAAAUGAAAAUACAUCAAAGAGAAAACAAAUAUAUACCCACUGGAAGAAGUAAUAAAAAGAAAAAAACAGUCCUUGAAUUUGAUGUUAAUUCAGAUAGUUCAGAAACUACUGAUCUCUUGAGCAUGGUUUCGGAGGAAGAGACAUCAAAUAGGUUUUACAAUAAUUCACCAAAUUCUCAUCUAUUGGUCAAAACACCAAAACAGACUCCUUUAUCUCUAUCAACUCCUGCAUCCUCUGUGAAGUUUGGAAGUGUGAAAAAAAUGAGAGAGGACCGUUGGUCGACAAUUGCUAAAAUUGAUAGGAAAAGAAGACUAAAGGAAGCAGAAAAGUUAUUUGCUUAA